AUGACUUCUGGUCGUACCCUCCGCUCGCGAGCUGCGCUGACCAAAACACCAAGCAACGCGCCUUCCGCGGGUAGCAUGUCAAGGCCACAGAAAGCCACGGGAGGAAUACAGUCUUCCCCUUCAGUUACGGUCUCUCGAUCGCCAUCAAGCCCACCUGAAGAAACCAAGAGGUCGAUUCGCUUAACAGUAAAAAUGCCAGCCAGCAAACUCCGUGAAGUCACGUCUAGCGCAGACGCCCGUCCUCACAAUAUAUUUACGGAGCCAGUGGUCAUCACUGGGCCAAGAAGCAGUCGAUCUAAAAAGAAAAUUGUCGAGGUUGAUAGCGACGAAGAAGAUGAUGAUCUGGAAUCUGCUAUAGAAGCAGAAGAAGAAGAAGAAGAUGAUGAUGAUGAUGGUGAUGAUGCAGCGAAUGAUGUCGAUGAAGAUGAAGAAGAUGAAGAAGAUGAAGAAGAUGAAGAAGAUGACGAAGAGGAGGAGGAUGAUGACGAUGAUGCAGAUGCUGAAGCGGACGAAGACAUCGACGCUGAAGGUGAUCCUGAUCCGGACGUUGAUGCUGAAGGCGAUAUCGAUAUGGAUGAUGUCCCCCCAGUUUCUCACCACCAUCGGUCGAGACCAACUGUCACCGUGACUCCGGUAGCAGCAGCUAAGGUGAGAAACGUCGAAGCCAGGAAUGUUGAUUUAGAGGAAGAAGACGACGAUGACGACGAAGAGCUCUCUGAAUUGGGCUCAGAGCCUGAAGCGGAAAAAGGUGAAGACACCAUUCUCCAAGAAGAAGGAGAGGACGAAGAGGAGGUUGAAGAAGAAGAGGAUGAAGAGAUGGAGGAAGAAGAUGAAGAGGAUGAAAUUGCCAUUCCGAUGGAAGCCAGCCGCGCAAGCUCGCCAGGCUACACUAGCAGAAUGACCAAACGUCAAAGAGAGCGCUUACAGUAUGGGGACUUCUUGCAAUUGCCUAUGGAACCGCAAGUUAAAAAGCAUUUGACAGCGGAGGAGCACGCAAUGCGCCGCGCUGAAAUGGCACGACGGAGGAAGAACCUCAGCGAGAAACGUAACGAAGAAGAAAAAAUGGAUACUAUCAACAAGCUACUCAAAAAGCAGGCACCGAAACGUCGAGGCAAAAUUAGCGCUGCAGAAACGGCAGGAGAGGCUUCUCCACGGGUUCAAGAGGCUGAGGAAGGCUCUCAACCCGAGCCUACUAUGGUGCGAUAUGUCAUGAACAGAGAUGGCUGCAGGCUGGGCGUACCAAACGAGUGGCUUGGGACACCUGCCGGCCUAGUCUUUGGAAGCCGUACCGCAGUCCCUAGUGGCCAGGGACAUGGUAGACUUGUGGAGGAACUAUGAGAUUAUGCAACAUCCGUCUACUUGCUAUAUUGUUGAGCAUCUGUGUCUGGUUUUAUUUGGCUGCUGUACUAUAUUAAUCUAGCGGAAACGAUGGAAAUUGGCUCGAG